AUGCUGUUUCUUGCCAGGAGCUUUAACAGAUCGGUCCAGCCGGUUUUCAGCAAACUAUGCAGAAAUCUGAGUUUGCAUCAUCAUACUCCUGUAAGUUCGUUCCCCAUGCUACUACAAACACAAGGUAAUUUAGGGUUACAGGUUAGUAAAGUGGAACAAAAAAGCACUAUAUUAGCUGCUAUUGCAGAACUAGAUAUUCAAAAAGAUGGUAUGAUGUUGGAUAGUGUGUUAAGGAAGCGUAGAACGAAGAUGAAGAAGCAUAAACUGAGAAAAAGGAGAAAGGAACAAAAGGCUGAAAGAAGAAAGCUAUCUCAAGGUAGGUGA